CUUUGACUAACUUGUCUCGUUCACUAGGCGAUUUCAUGGGCCGUCUCGCAGCGUUCUCCUUCGCGACUCUAUAUCCGACCCCACCUCACCGUGCUCUUCCUUCGCUUAAUGACGCUGCACUUCACGAUCCCCCAUUCUACUCCGUUCACGUUCAUGGCAAGCACUCCAACGUUCGUCUUACUUGCCAAAAUCUGGUAGACUUCUCGAUCGCAGAUCGAGCAUGGUACGUCUGCUAUCAAUGCGAAGACUUCGACUCUGUUUAUUUUUGCUCAGCAUGUAGACAGUUUCGCUAUCGGUUACUCCGCACGCGAGAUGACCACCGAGCGUGAGCGUAUCUAAUCGAGUCGUUCGCAUCUGGAGACAUCCACCAUGUGCUGCUU